CAUUCUACGCCGAUAUUCGAAGUUCCGUUAGCGACGUUCCAGACGUUUUCGCCCAUAAUGCUUACCGUGAACGCGUCGACCCAGGCCAAUAUCGCGCUCAAGGCUGUAACUAAACACGCCACAAACUACAAGGGAAAUGUGGAGUUGCAAGGAAGCUCAAAGUUUCGUGGAGGGCAAGCCGACUAAGAAUGACGUAACGGUGUACAACUGGACAGUGACCACUACUGACCAGAGCGUGGACGCCAACCGGACAUUCAACGCCACGUUCGCCUUCUACCAGAACAUGACUAUCACGCCGUACAUCUCCUGGGCGCAGAAGGAUAUCGACAUGAAACUGGGGCCACAAGUACAAAUAAGAUUUACACGCCCUACGAUCAACGCCGUCUCUACGGGCGAUACGGUAAAACGCUGCAACCGCGUUCACGUUUACGUCGAUACCAACGUCACUGUAGCGGAGACAGAUUUCUCCGUGGAUGCCUUCGGGAUUCAUAUUUGGAACGUCAAAGUGAUGGACAGUCUGUCACGCAAGAUAAACGUUAUGGAGGCGAAGUUAUCCUUCAAGUGCCACGCUGAUUGUCACGCGGAGAACUACACAAAGAAUAAUGACGUCAGUAUGAAUACCGCUUGUGGGUACCCGAGCAAGAAUCUGACUCGAAACGACAUCGAGUUCUCAAGUCUCUAUCAACUCUGGGGCAACUACGUUCUAUUUUCCGCCGAGGAAAGAAACGCAACGUGGUGCGGACACCCCGGUCGCGCUUGCGUGGACUGCAGGGAUAACGUGGUUUCAGAUACUGUCAAUGACGCAUGCGCGGAUCGUAUUGUCUCAACAGAAUUGGCAGCGUCUGUGUCGCGACUUGCGAAAUUUAUAGAAGCAGAAUGGCCAGACAGAAAGCUUGUAAUACAAGAGGCAUUCGAUGAAGACACGUCCGAUUUCCCGAACGGUCGUCAUGAAAACGAAUCAGUGUUCUAUGAAGGUCGGGGGGCAGAAAUGUCCAUCACGAAGGCCAACGCAUUCUCCCCGGCGGCGCUGGAAACCGAUGACUAUGUACAGAGGCGACAUAGCGAGCUUGCCGUGUGCGCGAAUUUUGCGUACGUUGCGAGAGAAGACGCGAAGGUUAGCGCAUGCGUAGAGAGGAAACCAAAAAGUGAUCGCCGUAAGCGGUCGCUGCUUUCGCGCACGCGCAGAUCGGGACACGUGGAGCAUACAAUGGUGAAAGAGCUGCUAGAAAAACUAGGGGACGCGGUUUUGAAAUCGCCGUCUGUAAACCUGACCUCGGUGUUACCACUUCCGGUUGGCGGUCAGUACCCGCAGGGGUCGACCAUGGACGUCGCGUGUGGGGCGUUCACCGGAAGUGUGUCCCAGGACGACACCGAACGAUUUAGACGGAAAGCGCCUGAUUUGCUCAUUAAACCUGAUAGCCUUUGCGAACUGCACAGGCUUAUCUGGAACCUGUGCGACACUUUCCGGAUAUGCAUUAAACCCGUUUUUUUAAAGCGAGGCUCAAAUAUGACAUUUCAUACCAGACUCAUCGAGUAUCCACUGAGCGACGUCGACUUCGAGCCAGAGGGCGACACGGGAGCGUGGUGUGGCGUGGAAACGAGGCGUUGUCAUGGGGAUUGCACCCUGCACUCGGGCGACAUUGACGACCACUGGAACUGGUGUGGUACCCGCACUAUGCACAUGCGUCUCGCGGCCAGGCUCCAGCGACUGACCAAGAUUCUUCCGUCGUCUGAAAGAGUUGUCGUCAAGGAGGCAUUAACGAUGAAUUUUACAAAUGUAAAAGAUAAGCAAUUUAUGGAAGGGAGGGCUGCCCAAAUCACGCUGAAAGCAGGCGGGAGUCUCUCUUCGCAAGUGUUCACUCAAUACGCAAUCCUGGCAGGAUUCGAUUACGUCAUACACGUUUCGAAUGACGUCAUAAACGUGUGCGUCAAGGUACAGGAUGGAAUUCAGACAAAUCUGGCCCAGUUUCCGACCGCAAACUUGAUUUCCGUUCCCCUCCCACUCGGUGAAGAGGACGAAUACGAUUAUCCCGAAAGUUUAAGAAAUGAAUCGAGAAAACCUCUGCUAUUCGAUGUAUCGACCUCAAGCGGCGAUGUGUCAGAACAUUUCAAACUGAACGCGUUCGUCAGUCCCGGUAAAAGAUACAUUCGUCUCGACACGAUGUUGGUGUAUCUUCUAGACCUCAGUUACGAUGACUUUAAGGGCGGUUUCUACGGCAUUACCGGCUCCGGUUACAGGCCAAGAUCUGUCAAUCUCGACAACAUAGCUACUCGUCACGAAAAGGAGCAGAUGCGAUUCGAAAUGGGACAGGCCGUAGAGUUAAAGCCCAAUGACGUAGCCUCUGAGGAUAACCUGUUCCGGUUGGCCAUUUCCCUCAUCCGGAUCGCGAAGAGCGUGCGCACGCAGCAAAUUGGAAUCGAGAUCGGUUGCAAGGCCGAUAGACUCUACUUAGAUGUCCGACCGAUUGCCGAUGAGAACGCUUUGGUUGUGGAGGUUUGGGACAGCGGCAACACUCCACUCUUUAAUCGAUUAAAACUCAUACAGGACAUGAUUGCACAGGGCGGAUCUGUGGUCACUGCCCGACCCGACCCCGUCAUCUGUAACACCCCAGCACUGGGGCGCGAAUAUUUCUACUUCAACUUUGACCUCGAUCAAGAAGGACACUGCUGGAAAACCGACAAUUCAUUCUGCGUGGAAACGAACGAGUCACGUUAUAACGUCAGCGUCAUUCUCCAACGACGUCUGACGUCAGCCGCGGGCACCGGGAAACUACCGCGUCCUGACAUAAUGCCGGAAAUCGAGGCGUGCGUCGUCGACACAUGCGGAGGAUGCCCGAGCGCUGGAAGCGUUUGGAAGGAGAAGGUUGUAAAGUGCACGAAGAUGAUCCUGAAGUACCUGGCCCGAGCGAGUGUCCCGUUCCAGUCGCUACUGGACAAGGUGUCCAUCUUCAAUACGGACAACCACCAGUCCAGUGUCCACUCGCUCGCCUGUCAUGACGGCAGGGUGUGCAUCGAGAACACCCAGAUCUACGCCUUGCUGUUACCACUCACGACCGCCACGUACAAGCACGAAAAUGCGGACGAACUGAUCUUCGGAGGGGCGGACAAUCCGAGCCCGCUUCUCGAGAUCGUGGAACAGGAGCUGGCCUGGAGAGCCGUGGGCAAUGUGGACAUCUAUCUGGAGUCAGCCAAGGACGUUAACUCGCUUAGAAAUACCAUACAGAUUCUGUUGAUGUACAACACAAACGUGUCACUCGUGACGUUUCACAUCGAUUCGGAAACUGACGAAGAUGACGUCAUCAUCACAUUACAACGGAAGGUGGAGCAGUGGGUCUCGGGGGUGUGUCCCACGUGGAGUCGACUCGUGACCACGCCCUACACAAUGACCAAGAUCCCGAUGGACCGUAAAAAGCGAAGCAUAGAACGCAGCAAGGACCGAAACGAGAUGAAUAUGCAAAUGAGGAACUGGGAGGUGGAGUGGAUGCUAAAAUCGUAGUCACAGGCUAAUAUAGGACGAUAACUUACGUUUAUGAAUUAAGCCUCAUUUUCACAAAUGCUUCUUAUAGUAAUACAACUUUUUCAUGUAUCUCUUGUAAAUGUAUAAAUGCUUAUAAAUAUGAACAUUAUAUCAUAAAAAAAGGAAUUUAACGAAAGAAAUAAUGAAACUCUAAAUGAAUGUUCAGUGGAGAAAUCCAUGUUAUCAUCAGCAUGUGUUUUAUUAAAAGCAAGUAAUUUUUGGUGUUAGCUGGAAUGUUGAGAAUAAUGGUAUUGAUUGUGUUAUUUUGUGUGUAUAGCAAAAAUAAUACACACAUAGCUUUGAGACUCGCUCUGGGAAAACGGGGCUUAAUGCAUGUGCUUAAAUUGCCAUCCCAGAAAAGCCUUUUCAGUUCGCACAGGCUCAUCAUUGAAGACACUUGCCGUUUAAAGGUAUUUUUCGUUUAAGGAAGUCUCUUUUGAACAAAAAACAGUGUAUGUGUAAAAGUGUAUUUCUUGAUCCACCCUCAGCGGACUGUACAGGCUGAUCUGGGACGAAUAUGUAAGCACAUGCAUAAAGCCUUAUUUUUUCCAGAGCGCGGCUCAAAUAGACUUUACUGUAAUGUUAAUUAUUUUCUUAUUGUAAUCUUGCUGAAAACGUGCACACAUGUGUGUUGUUUGUUGUUGUUGUUUUAAGAUUUUAUACUUAGCGUAUUUGAUUUUUUAUCUCCCAUACACAAUAUAAUUUCAGUUUAUUCAUUUGAUGACAAUUAAGUUUUAAUCACAUAACAUAUGGCCGAACAAUUAGGCACAGAGUCAUGUCAGAUUUUAUACAUAUUGUUCACUGUUUAGUAUGUUGAAAAUGUAUUUUUCAAGAAGAGUAAAUGCUUUAUGGCCUUCAGUUGUGAUUGUAUUGUAUCUAAUUUAUCAACUAUAAAAAAGUCAAAUGUAUUAUUAGUUAAAUCCAUAAAACACAUCAUUUAGUAUGACAGCCUAGCUCAUAAUUUAGUUAAAGGGCACAAUAAUGCGGAAUAAAUAAAUCAAUGCAUGAGAUAAGUUUAUGGAUGAUGACAUAUUUUAAGUUUCAAUUCAAUGUUUUUGAAAUGUAGAACAGUUUGCUCAUCAAACAGUAUAUAUUUCAGCCUGAGUUCAGUUGCUCAUUACUAUGAAAUUAGUGGAAAAUUUUCAUUAAAACAUCAAUAGUGUUCAAGGUGAUGAUAUAUGUCACAUUUGAAUAAUUAUCUUUCAAAAUGUAGAAGCUGUUCACUCAACAAAUGUAUAACUUUUUAUGCGGUCACUUAGACCUAUAUACUGACAAAUUGACUCCAAUAUACCCUUCUGAAACUUCGUUUGUGAGGGUAUACCAAUAAAUCAACACAUAUAUAUAUUGAUACUGAAAUUGUGAAAGGGUCACCAAAGAAACAUUUUUGUUAAUGUUUUUGUCUUUCAUCCAACAUACCAUAAAUAAAGCCCUUCUUUUCAUUCGGCGGCGUAAAGAGUCUUGUGUAACCACAUACCUGCUUUGAAAGUAUGUGUUACUUUUAAUGAGACAGCAAGCUGCAUCUAGUGUGUUCCGGAUGCAGUCCAUAGCCGGGAAUUGACACACAAGUGACUUACAAAUGAAUAUGAAUAUUUAUCCUUUGCACCGGGAUUCCCCUAAAAAUCAUAACCAAAACAAGAGUUUAUUGAUUGAUUACAGGGGAUACAUGGGGGGGGGGGGUUAAAAAUGACGUCCCGUUCCAGAUACAUUGGCUCUUUAGUUGCCCGGUCUAGAUUCUUGUAUAAUGAACCUCAGCUUAAUGCCUCACGUGAAAUACCAUUGAGUACGCUAUGAUUGUGGUGUGGAUCAAAGUUCAAACAAUUUAAAACCGUCUCUAAACAUACUACACUACCUUACCACCCUGACUUUCAAGUUAAUAUUAUUAAAGCACACCAUCUACGCCGUUUACAUUUUUAGUUGGCUGACAGAGGUCAUAAUAUCGUGCGUUUAUUGCACUAUCUAGAGAAAGUAUCAUGCAGCAAUAUUGUGUAUUUUCCGAACAUAGGCUAGUUACAACUACUAUGUGAAAUGCAUAUUUGAAUUAAACCCAAACUGUUGCAAAUUUGACUCAGUGACCGAGUUUUGAAACCUACUGAACCCAAGAUUUAAAUUCAUAUUUAACAGUUGAAAAUGUAUCUCCUGGAGUGUUAUCAAGGCUUAUCUAACAUUUAUGAUUUAGAGUGACCCAGCAUGUGAUUUUGAUAAACGUUCAGGUAUUUUUUAAAUAUUAAUUUCGUGAUAAAACAAGCAUUUAAGUAUAUUUCACAAGUGUCUUCUAAUUUUAUGAAACCAUAAAUGCCAAUCACGAGUUAUAAUGGUUUAUAUGGUUAAAUGAGCAAAUUAAGUAAUACAAAUUGUCUGGCAAAUUCAGUGACUGAAUUUGCCAGACAAUAAAUUGCUGGUUUAUUAAAAUAUUAUUCAUA